AUGAUAUCAACUACCGUUUAUAUUUCAACUACAACCUCUAUCUUAUCUCCGAACCUUCGGCCAAAAAGGGUUGGUCCAUCCACGAGAUUGGUUUUGGCCUUGAGGAGAGGAGGAAAUGACCGAGGUCGUGGUGCUGGCCGAAUUGUUGAUGAAGGUAUGGUCGUCCUUCGGAAGCGGAUCCAAGAAAUGAAGAAGUUUGAGAAGAGCUAUGAGGCCUCGCCUCAAUGGAUGGAGUGGGAGAGGAGCCAUUACGACGAAUACAACUCAAUGGUGUGUGAGCUCAUGGGGUUCGUGCAAGUCAAGCUGAUGAACUUGAGGCCAGGCUUAGCCCUGGGGAUGUUGGUUCUGAUUAUACUUGGCAUGGCCAUUUCCUCAGCUAUGCUUUUGAUUCAUCUUCUGGAGAUCACUAAAUGGAUCUCUUCUAAAUUAUAUGUCAUGUAG